AUGGCGGCAAGACGCAAGCCAGCUACAAGAGCUGGGGCAUCUUCCAGGCGUGAGCUUCAAUCCUCCCCCACCAUAGCUACCAGAAUAUCACUGACCGCCACGCAAACUGAAGGUACUACGGCAACUCCAUCAAAAAGCCAGCCAGCAGAUUCGGACGUAGAAAUGGGCGACGUGCCGGAAUCACCAGUCAUUAAGAAGGCAGAAGAUCCAGACGAGAUCGAUGCAGAAGAGCCCAUCGAGCAAGGAAAUCAAGCCGAAGACGAGGACGAAGGCCACGACGACGAAGACCCCGACGCAGAGCAAGCGCGAGAACGCGACGACCACGAAGGCGACGAGGACGAAGAGGACGACGAAGACGAUGCCACGGGCCCGUCCACGCCCCUAGGCGACUCCGAACAGGCGUCGCGACAAGAUACACCGUCGCGAACCCCGGGACGAAGCUCGGCGAUCCCCACGGGCCCCCGUCGCCGGCGCCCCGGCCGGCCGCCCAAGAACAGGCCGCCGGACUGGGAGCCAGCGGGCGAGCCCAACGAGCCUCGCUCCGACAGCGGGCCUCCGCGGAAACGCGGGCGCGGGCGUCCGUCGGCGGGCGGGCGCUGGAGCAAGGCGCGCGGCGGCCCGUCGCACGUCACGCAGGUGCCCGUGGACAAGGAAGGGAACAUGAUGGACGUGGUGAACGACGAGGUGGACUUGCCGGAGGACGCGGCGGGGGAGGGCAAGGUGGAUAAGAUUGGCAAUCUGCUGGGCGGGCGCGAGUACCGCGUGCGCACGUUUACGAUCCUCGAUCGGGGUGAUCGGCUGUAUAUGCUGUCGACGGAGCCGGCGCGCUGCAUUGGGUUUCGCGACUCGUAUCUGUUUUUUCAGAAGCAUAAGCUGCUUUACAAGAUUAUCAUUGAUGAUGAGGCGAAGCGGAAUCUGAUCGAGAGGAAUAUCAUCCCGCAUUCCUACAAGGGGCGGGCGAUUGGGGUGGUUACGGCACGCUCGGUGUUUAGGGAGUUUGGAGCGAAGAUCAUCAUUGGGGGUCGAAAGGUGAUUGAUGACUACGAAGAGAAAGCCGCGCGGGAGCGUGGAGAUGUGGAGGGUGAAUUGGCCGUGCCAGAGGACAUCCUGCCGGGGCCGGGCGAGACGUACGACCGAAACCGCUAUGUUGCCUGGCACGGAGCCAGCAGCGUCUAUCACUCCGGCGUAUCGUCGGUGCCGCUGCCAGCUGGGAAAGUGGUGGACGCAAAGAAAAAGAAAGUGAUUGUGACAGGUGAUAACUGGAUGAUCGAACACGCUCGAGCAGCCAGCACGUUCAACUCGUCGCUCGUCAGCUACCGCCGUGAAACUUUGGGCGGGAUCUACGACAUACACACCAACCAAAUGCUGUUCCCCCAGGACAUGCAGCCGUCGCAUAUCCGAGUGGAACGCGUCAACCCGGCUGAGGCUACCGACGACCCGGCCAGCAGCGCCAACCUGAUCGACAGCGCCAGUCGCGAGCUCCAGCGUCUCGAGCAAACAGCGCCAAACGGCAUGCCCAAAACCAACGGCAUCAUGGCCAGCGACGGCGACAGCCACGGCGACGCGGACCCGGACACCGCCAUGGACGACAGCAGCGCCGAAGCGCCCACCACCACCACCACCGACACCAGCGCCAGCAUCUUCCCGGCGGUGGCGCCGCUGGUCCGGCGGCACUUCGCGGUGCAGGACGUCUACUACCAGGCGCCGGCGUGCACGGCGGCCAAUGACGGGUCCGGGUGGUGCUCGAGCGGCAUGGUCACGGUGGACCCGAACACGCGCGAGCCGGUGCUCAACCUGGACGACGCGGUGCUGCACGAGUUGCCGGCCGAGUGCCGCCAGGCGUACGUCGACGCCGCGAUGCGCGAGUGGGAGUGGAAGCGACAGUUCGGCCCCGUCGAGCAUGCGCCGCUGCGGUACUCCUAUCUUGCGUGA